CUCAGGAAGGCAUAGGCCCAAGCUACUGAGCCCCCAUCUUUUGGGGAGGCUCUUAGGGACAGGCACUGGCAGGUGUGAGGGGAGACCCUGGAGCACUGUCCCCGUAAGGGCCGAGCCACCUGCCCUCCCUGUCCCCAGCUCUUGGGUCUGGCCAGAUGAGGCCCUCUGAGCCCACUGUCCUCCGAGCUCCACAGGUCUGGGGUUGGAGGAACAGGGAGCAGGAUGAGAUGUUGCCUGCGCCUGGUGACCAGGGACAGCCAUUCUGGAUGCAGACCUGAUUUGCUCAAGAAGUCUAUUUAGGACCCCUGAGGUGCCAGGUGUGCCAGGGCCCCAGCUCUCCCAGUGGAGAGUAAGAUUCUAAGGAAGAGACAGAGAGAAGUCAAAUGGAGACUUGCACGAACACAGGUGGGUUUCUUGAGCAGCGGGCAAGCUGGCCUGGGCACACAGGGCAGGGGCGGGUCUGACUUGGCUUUCCCACUUCUAAGUGCCUGUGAGAUCGGGGUGAGUACAGCUGGAUCUGGCUGGGUCCCCAUUUCCUCUUUUGUCAAAUGAAAAUGACAGUGCCUCCUGCUCCGGCUGACACAGACGAGUGAGCAUCCACAAGGAGAGGGCCCAGACGCAAGCGGGAAGGCCCCAGGCUGCCCACCAUGUCCACUUUGCUGGAGAUCAAGAGCAGCGUGCUCAGGCAGGUGCAGGUGUGCCCUUCCUUCCGCCGGAGGACUGAGGAGGAGCCGGGGAGCACCAGUGUCGAAGCGCAGGAGCCCGCCGCCACCGGGGCCUGGAAACCCGGAGAUGGCGUGGAGUUCUUCACCCAGAUGCGCCUCAUCCUCAAGAAGGGGGAAGGCAGACAGGGCCUGCCAUGCCCCGAGGUCCUCUUGCGCAGCAGCUCACCAGCCCCCACAGAGCCCGUGGACCCCAGCCGUGGCCUGAGAGCCCUGACCCAAGAGGAGGUGGAGAUGCUCUACGAGGAAGCCUUGUACACAGUCCUUUACCGCGCAGGGACCAUGGGCCCUGACCAGGUGUACGACCAGGAGGCCCUACUGGGCUACCUUCAGCAGGUGUUUGGCACCAGCCCUGAGGAGCAUGUAGAGGCCAUGGAACGUGUGAAGAAGGCCAAGGCCCCUACAUAUGCCCUGAAAGUCUCCGUCAUGCGUGCCAAGAAUCUGCUGGCCAAAGACCCCAAUGGCUUCAGUGACCCGUACUGCAUGCUGGGCAUCCUGCCGGCCUCGGGUGCGCCGCGGGAGCCGGGCCCACAAAAGGAGCAGCGCUUCAGCUUCCGCAAAGGCAGCAAGCGUGGUGGCCCACUGCCGGCCAAGUGCAUCCAGGUCACUGAGGUCAAGAGCAGCACCCUGAACCCUGUGUGGAACGAGCACUUCCUCUUUGAGAUCGAGGAUGUCAGCACAGACCAGCUGCACCUGGACAUCUGGGAUCAUGAUGAUGACGUGUCCCUGGUAGAAGCCUGCAGGAAGUUGAAUGAAGUCAUCGGUCUGAAGGGCAUGGGCAGGUAUUUCAAACAGAUUGUCAAGUCCGCCCGUGCAAAUGGGACAGCAGGGCCCACGGAGGACCACACCGAUGACUUCCUGGGGUGUCUCAACAUCCCCGUCCGAGAAGUGCCGGUGGCUGGUGAAGACCGCUGGUUCAAGUUGGAACCGCGUUCCAGCGCCUCCCGCGUGCAAGGAGACUGCCAGCUGGUCCUCAAGCUGAUCACCACACAGAGGGACACGAGCAUGAGCCAGCACGGGCGGUCGGGCUUCCAGUCCUACCUGCUGUUGCUCAGCCGUCUGCUACAGUUCGAGCACCGAGCCGAGGAGCCCAACUCGAGCAGCUGGCGCGGUGAGCUUAGCGGGCCUGCUGCCACCGUGCUCUGCCUGCACGGCGCUCAGAGCAACCUGUCGGCGCUGCAGCUCGCGGUGCUGCAUUGGCAGGUUAGCAGCCGCCACCAUCAGACCUGCACCCUGGACUACGGCUACCUGCUGGGGCUGCUGGAGGACAUGCAGGCGCACUGGGAGGAGGCGGCCUCGCUGCCGCAGGAGCAGGAGGAGAGCCUGGCGGACAGCUUCUCUGCCUUCUCUGAGUUUGGGCUUCAACUGCUGCGCCAGAUCCGAGACUACUUUCCUGCCACCAACAGCACAGCCGUCUACCGCCUGGAGCUGCUGUUGAAGUGUCUCAGCAAGCUGCAGCUCUUCCAACCUUCCUUUGAGAUCUGCCCCUUUGAGACGGAGCUGAACAUGGAUGUUGCUGCUGCCCUGAAGAGAGGCAAUCGCGACUGGUACGACAGGCUCCUGAAUGCACAGAGCCCUCGUGAGCAGCCAGGGCCACAGCGCCUUGCUGGGCUGGUCAAGUUGGCUGACGCUGUCUACGAAGACCUGCAGUCCUGUUACGGCAUCUACGCCAGCCUCUUCCACAGCAUCAUCAAGGUCGACUUCUUCACCCUCACCUUCCGGCAGCUGGAGCGGCUGGUGGCUGAAGAAGCAUGGGUGCUGACGGAGGAGCUGAGCCCCAAGAUGACCCUUGAGGUGGCCUCAGGGCUCUUUGAGCUCUACCUGACCCUGGCAGACAUCCAGCGCUUUUGGAAUAGCAUCCCGGGCCGAGACAGCCGCUCCCUCGCCCUGGCUGGCAUCCACGCCCCAUUCCUGCCCGCUGUGAAGCUUUGGCUUCAGGUGCUGCGGGACCAGGCCAAGUGGAGGCUUCAGGGAGCUGUGGACGUGGACACUCUGGAGCCCACGGAUGCCUCCUCUAAGCACAGCAGCUCCGCGGCCACUGCGAGCCUCUGCUUCAGCCACAUCCAGGAGCUGUGGGCCCACCUGGCAUGGCCUGACCCUGUCCAGGCCCAGGGGUUGGGUACCCAGCUCAGCCAGGACCUGUGUGAAGCCGCCCUCUUCUACACAGACCUGCUGCGGAAGAAGGUGGACACUCAGCCUGGGGCUGCAGGCGAGGCAGUGAGCGAGGCGCUCUGUGUGGUCCUCAAUGACGUGGAGCUCUUGCGCAAGGCUGCGGGCCAGGCGCUGCGAGGACUGACCUGGUCGGAGGGGGCUGCUGGGCUUGAGGGAGCGCUCCCACGCCCCCUGCUCAGCUGCACGCAGGCCCUGGAUGAGGACCUGCAGCGGGAGGCCCGCACCGUGACGGCACACCUGACCUCCAAGAUGGUGGGUGACAUCAGGAAGUACGUGCAGCACAUCAGCCUCUCACCUGACUCCAUCCAGAAUGACGAGGCUGUGGCCCCACUCCUGAAGUACCUGGAUGAGAAGCUGGCUCUGCUGAAUGCCUCGCUGGUGAAGGAGAACCUGAACAGGGUGCUGGAGGCCCUCUGGGAGCUGCUCCUCCAGGCCAUUCUGCAGGCCCUGGGGGCAAACCGUGAUGUGUCUGCUGACUUCUAUGGGCGAUUCCACUUCACACUAGAGGCCCUGGUCAACUUUUUCCACGCUGAGGGCCAGGGUCUGCCCUUGGAAAGCCUGAGAGACGGAAGCUACAAGAGGCUGGAGGAGGAGCUGCGCCUGCACCAGUGCUCCACGCGGGAGUGCAUCGAGCAGUACUACUUGGACAAGCUCAAACAGAGAUCUCUGGAGCAGAACCGGUUUGGGCGCCUCAGCGUCCGCUGCCACUAUGAGGCAGCCGAGCAGCGGCUGGCGGUGGAGGUGCUGCACGCGGCUGACCUGCUCCCCCUGGACGCCAAUGGCCUGAGUGACCCCUUCGUCAUCGUGGAGCUGGGCCCACCGCACCUCUUCCCACUGGUCCGCAGCCAGAGGACCCAAGUCAAGAGCCGGACGCUGCACCCCGUGUACGACGAGCUCUUCUACUUCUCCGUGCCAGCGGAGGCGUGCCGCCGCCGUGGCGCCUGUGUGCUAUUCACCGUCAUGGACCACGACUGGCUGUCCACCAACGACUUCGCGGGCGAGGCAGCCCUGGGCCUGGGCAGCAUUGGCGGCGUCGCAAGGCACCAGGUUGGAGGGAGCGCGAGGGCCGGGCAGCCGAUCACCCUGCACCUGCGCCGGCCCAGAGCCCAGGUGAAGUCAGCGCUUAGGAUGCUCGAGGGCCGCACCAACAAGGAGGCGCAGGAGUUUGUCAAAAGACUCAAGGAGCUGGAGAAGUACAUGGAAGCGGAUCCCUGAGCCGCUGCGGCCAUUAGCCCAGACCCUCCCCAAGUCCCCGUGAUGUCCUGUCACUCUGUGGUCAGCUCUGUGCAGCCAGGGCUUGCGGAGGCCCCUCCCCUGCUUCAUGGUGUGUCCGCUGUGACUGGACUCUCCAGCUCCUAUUUGCCCUGGCCUUGUAGCAUGUGCUGUGAACCCUGUAUGCCCAGUAAGCCCCACCCCACUCUGGAUCUGGGAAGCUUGGGCAGGGCCUGGCCAGCAGCUGCCCUCCGCACCCCUAGCAGAGAGAACAGGGUUCUCAGUGGGGUGGCCUUGCCCCCCAGGUGGUCCCUGGGGACAUUUUUGGUGGUCAGUCACAAGCAGGAAGUGUUGAAGGUGGUGCUACUGGCACCAGUGGGUAGAGGCCAGGAAUGCUGCUUGACAUCCUGCAAUGAACUCUCCAACAAAGAAUAGUCCACCCUCAAAUAUCACCAGUGACACAGUGGAGGACUUUGUCCUAGAGGAAGAUCUACCUCUGUCUCCUGGGGGGUGGUGUGGGAGUGGGCUGGGAAAAGGCCUCACUAGGCAGAGAGGCAGGAAGGCCUGGAUUUCCAAACUGGACAACCCAAGCUUUGGAGAGAGAGGGUAAGCAUCUGCAGUGUCCUCAUACUCUCUGGCUACAGGGUUCUCCAUCCUAGAUGGCAUAUGGAGGAAGGUUUGCCCAAGAGCUGCACAGGUCCCCAGUCCCCACCUAGCUCAUAGGCCCAGGAGAGGGUCUCAGGAGGCUGGUGGGUCUGUGUAAGGGGCUCCGUGCCAACUGUCUAACUGUCCAACUUCUCCUUUCAUGUAUGCACGGGUACCCACACAAGUCCUACUCUCCAGCCCCAUCCCUUUUUUGGCAGGGUCUGCCUCACUAGAACCUGAGGGUCUGGUUGAACCCCCCCAGCCAAGUAGAAAGAAACAGAGGCUCACACUGGGGUGUCCUUGGCUUGCAGCUUCAUUGGGAGGGCUCUGAGGCAGGACCCAGAGCAAGGCUGUGUUAAAAGUGCUGGGAGAGAACCUGGGCAGGGUCCAGUCCUGCUGGCAGAUGCAGGGGGCCAAGGUUACCAGGCCUGUGUGGGUUCUCAUCAGUUCUGCUGCUGUGUCCAGAUCCCCUUGUCACUCUGCUCCAAAAAUAUAUGUCUGCAACUUUCA